AGAGCCAUGUCCGACAUCAAUAUCAACCUCCAGUGCGCCGAGUGCAACCAUCCUCGAGGAGUCCUGUACUACGCAAAUCCCCUGGCUUGGGGACGUCCUUGUCGCCAGUGCCGCAGGAUGAUGUCCCGAAAUGUUGUGGUUGUCCCCACUCAGGUUGCAGUUCCAGUUGCCACCAACAACAUCACCACCACUACUACAUUUGUACCAGUACCAGCUGUGUCUACCCAAUAACUGGAAAAAUAAGCUCUUCGAAAUAUAAUAAAACUUUUGAGAAA